GAAGCGCCUCAGUACAUUCCCCGCACCUUCCGAGUAAUGCUGCUUAUCGUCCUUUCCCCUCGUCAUUCAUCACAGCGAUUCGAACAGCAUAAAGAGUCUUGAAUCCUUGGACGGGCAAGAGCUCAGCGUUGUUCAGCGCGCUGAAUUGAGGGUGUCGUGUGUUGGUACUCUAACGCCAAGGUUGAGAACUAGUGGAGAUCACGGCAGCGGGUGGAUUGUGUUGUUUGAGCAUUCCUGAGGUGGUUAUGAACGCAGAGCCAAGAAGAUCCGACAUGGUGGGCUUCUUCCUCAAUCUCUUUUACUGGUUUUGUAGGCUCUUCUCCUCCAAUUCUCUCGAGAUGGAAAGAGAAGAAGCCACUCAUUCAAAAGAUCCGACGUACGAGGCAUCUUCCUCUUCGACCUCUCCACAUGUAGGAGAUUAUGAAGAUGGAACCAAAAAGCCGAGAGGAAAUGAUUAUGAGGUGUUCUUGAGCUUUCGAGGGAAAGACACUCGCAAAGGCUUUACAGAUUAUCUCUAUACGAGCCUUGUCAAUGCAGGAAUUCACGUGUUCAAAGAUGACAACGAACUUCGUGUUGGUGAGGAGAUUGGUCCAGAGCUUCUUUGUAGUAUUACGCAGUCUAAGAUCUCAAUCCUGAUAAUCUCAGAGGACUAUGCUUCCAGCAAAUGGUGCCUUCGCGAGCUAACUCAAAUAUUGAAGUGCAAGAGAACCUCAGAUCAAAUAGUGUUGCCCAUAUUUUACAAAGUAGAACCCUCGCAAGUGCGACAUCUUACAGGGAGAUUGGGAGAUGCUAUCAAUGCACAUAGAGAGAAUCUGGACGAAAUGGUUGUGAAGGAAUGGGAGAAAGCACUUGAAGAAGUGAGUUCCUUGAAAGGAUGGGAAUCGGAGAAAACUAAUAAUGGGCAUGAAGGAGCGAUAGUUAAAACAGUUGUUCGAAAAGUUAUGAGUGAAUUAAAAAGACUUUUUCAGCUAAUCGUUCCUGAACAAUUAGUGGGAGUUGAUGAUCGUGUGGAACAGAUUAUGAGCUCCAUAGAUGAUAUAUUCAAUGGUACAAAGAUAAUUGGAAUUCAUGGAAUGGGCGGCAUCGGUAAGACAACUCUUGCAAAGGUGUUAUACAACAAACUCUCAUGUAAGUUUGAGUAUCUUAGCUUUGUGGCAGAUAUUCGAGAAACUUGUGUACGCAAGGGCAUCGAAUGUCUACAAAAGCAACUCAUUUCCAACAUAAGAGGACCUUCUUGUGAUGUGUCUAAUGUUGGUGAGGGAAUCCAUGUCAUCAAAUCUCGAUUUACAAGUAAGAAAGUCCUUAUUCUUUUGAUGACAUGGAUGAUAAUUCUCACUUGAAUGCUUUGGUCGGAGAUGGUAGUUGGUUUGGACCUGGAAGCAUAGUCAUCAUAACAACUAGAAACAAGGGCAUUCUUGAUAAAACUAGGGCAAGCCACAUCCACCAACUCGACAAGUUGUCUUUGGAUCAAUCAUUGAUCUUAUUUAGUAGACAUGCAUUUCGUAAUGAUUCUCCUGAAAGUGAUUAUGCCAAUAUCUCUCGUGAUGUUGUAUCUACCACUGGGGGGCUUCCCUUAGCUCUCGAAGUUAUAGGUUCAUUCCUAUGUGGAAAGAAAGAAGAAGUAUGGAAAGAUACAUUAAAAAAUUAAACAAGGUGCCAAAUAAGAGAGUGCAAGAGAAAUUGAGGAUAAGUUACGAUGCAUUAGAUUUUGAGGAGCAACAGAUAUUUUUGGAUAUUGCAUGUUUUUUUAUUGGAUCACAUAAACAAAGUCCAACCUAUAUGUGGGAUGCCUGUGAUUUUUACCCGGAGAAUGGAAUUGAAGUACUUAGUCUUUUGUCCCUAAUUAAAAUUGAUGAGUCCGGCAAACUAUUGAUGCAUGAUCAAUUACGAGAUCUUGGAAGGGAAAUUGUUCGUCAAGAAAAUCCAAAGGAGCCUAAGGAGCGCACUAGAUUGUGGAAUCAUGAGGAAGUAAUAGAUGUGCUUGACAAUAGCAAGGGCACUAGAAAGAUUGAGGCCCUCUGUCUUGGCAAGUAUGGUAGUGGAAGAAGAUUCACAGUUGAACAAUUAAAAGAAUUGACCAAUUUAAGGUUCCUUCAAUUUAAUAGUGCGAAUUUCACCGAAGAUUUCCAUAACUUGCUUCCUCAAUUAAGAUGGCUUCGGUGGUGGCAUUGUCCCUCAAAUUUCGUAGCGGUCAACUUUUAUCCAAAGAAAUUAGUUGUGCUUGAUUCUGACAAUGAGUGCGCUUACAGAGGAUUGGGGAGGAUGGGGUCCACUCAAGGUAAGAUAUAGAGCCGGCAUAUCACUUAUGAGUAAAAUCACAUGUUGUCAAAGUCAAUUGCACUAACUUUUCCUUUACUUGUUUUGGAGAGGUUUAUUAUCCUUUUCGAAAUUAAGGAUUUUCCUCUAGAUAUAAUAGGUUAUAGGAGUUUUGCCCCUUAAUAUCUUAACAAUUGGUCAUACUGGACAUUGUACAUACUAAAAACUUUUUUAGCUAUAUUAAUCAACAUCUCUUAAAAAUAUAAUUAUCACUUU